AUGAGGCGCGAACAACUAGACUGUGACCUCGAAGGUCUGCGUCAAUUAAUCUUUGAGGAAAACGAAGCCUUAAAGGCAAAAACAAUACAUGGAGGAAUCGGCCGUGUAUUUAGCUCUGAGUCCAAAGCGGAUCAGUCGACUGCUAAAGGAAAAGGACUCACUGAAGCGAUUAUUGGAAUUCAAGCGAACUUUGUUUUAACAACAAAAAAUGCCAAAGGACAACAAUGUUACGAAAAGCGUGACCGAGUAACUGCGGAAAUAAAAAAUCAGGAAGGCCAUGACUGUGCAACAGAAGUGCGAGUGAAAGAUAACCACGAUGGUAGCUACAAAGUCAGUUAUUUUGUGAAAGAAACCGGAAGAUGCCAGGCAGUAGUCAAAGUCAAUGAGGAAGAAGCUGGAGGCAGUCCUUUCUCGGUUGAAGUUACACCCAGACAAUUCAGACCCGUGUUAUCUUUUGGACAACAAGGCUCGUCUCCUGGAAUGUUAAGCAAUCCCUGGGGAGUGGCAGUGAAUGAACGUGAUGAAAUUGCAGUGACUGAGUGGGAUAACCACAGGGUUCAGGUAUUCAGUAGCGAUGGAACUUACUUAAGAUCUUUUGGUAGUAAAGGUGAUAAACAGGGUGAGCUCAACCGGCCUUAUGGGAUAGCUUUUGGUAAAAACAAGAACAUUAUAGUGGCGGACUGUUUUAACCACCGUGUUCAAUUGUUCAGUGAGCAGGGUGAGUAUCUUAGCCAGUUUGGUAGUAAAGGAAAUCUUGAUCACCAGCUGUUUCAUCCUCUCGGCUUAUCUGUAGAGAACGAUGGAAAUAUAAUUAUUGCUGAUUCAAACAACAAAUUGAUCAAGAUGUUUUCUCCUAAAGGCCAUUAUUUAAAUAAGUUCGGGGGUGAGGGUUCUUUAACCUUUCCCUUUCACUGUAUACAGUAUGAAAAAUAUCUCAUAGUGUCAGAUACAGAUGAACAUUGUAUCAAAGUGUUUGAUAGGAAUGGUAAUUUUUUGUACAGAUUUGGAAAUAAGGGGGAGGGGGAUGGGGAGUUCUUAAACCCUCGUUGUUUAUCAGUUAACAAGGCAGGACACCUGAUGGUCUGUGAUGCAUUUAAUCACAGAGUUCAGGUAUUUGAUCUUAGUGGAAAGUUUAUAACAAAAUUUGGAUCAAAAGGAGACAAAAAAGGAGAAUUUGAUCUUCCUAUGUCUGCCUCAAUGCUCAGCGAUGGUCGAAUACUUGUGUCUGAAUUUGAUAACCAUCGCAUUCAGAUAUUCGAAUAGACUAACAUCAGUACGCCUUAAAAGAUUUGAAUUAAUUUUAUGCAACUUUUAAACGUGAAACUACUCUGGACAAGUGAUGUAUGUUCUCAGUAAGAAUAUUCUGAAUGGUCAGUUGAACUACAAAACAACCAAUCACAUCACAAAUUUCAGAGAUUGC